GCGAUGAAGGUCCUCUCUAUCUGCCUGCUCGUCAUCAUCACUUCUCUGGCUGGACUGGCUCAGAGUCGCAGACUGCGCCUGGGAGGCUGCUCUGUGGGCGCCCACACCAGCGAACUGCGCAGACAUUACAAUGCAAUGCGCCCGGACGUGUUAAGAAGAGACACUGAGAUAACUGUGAGGUUUCUGAGGCUGCCAACACUAAGAAAUGUUGAGGAGGGGCAGUCCUGCUGUUUUCUGCAGUUGCUGCUUCGCUUCUACAUUGAGAGAGUGUUCAGCAGUUAUUCUUCUUCUGGCUUGGAGGAUCAGAGAUCAGCCAGUGCGCUCGCCAAUGCUUUCUUCAGCAUCCGCAGAGAGCUUAAACCCUGUAACUGCCAGUGCACAGAGGAGACCCAUAGGCUCAUGGAUUCUGUCCAUUCAGAGUUUAUAAAGCUGAACGUGACGCUGGCAUCUGUAAAGGCAGUGGGGGAGCUGGACACUAUGAUGGACUGGAUGGAGAGCUUCAGACAGCCACAUCAAACUGGCCUCCUGAUGCGCUGAUGAAGACCGCAAUAGUUGUUUUGUUCUGUGUUAGCUUGCAUCUUAAAUUUCUCUUUAGUUGAUACUAUAGUCGAUAUUAAGUUAUAUGGCAUAUUACUUUUGUAUUUAUGAUUUUGUUUAUG